AUGGACACUUUACAAUCCGCAUCAGACGAUCGAGCAUUACUACAGAGCGAAUGGCAGUUUCAAGAUGCAUCACCCCAGGGAAUGAUGCUUAACACUCUAUCUAAUGAACUUUCUGACGGAGAUGUUUCGGAAAUAAUUUCAUAUUUACCUGAAAUAGAAGGGCUGGAAGUUUUAGAACUCGGUGCAGGAAUAGGUCGUUUCACAACACACCUGGCACAGAAAGCGAGACACGUAACUGCGGUUGACUUUGUUGAUAAAUUCAUAAAGAAAAACCAGAAGUCCAACAGCUGCCUUGACAACAUAGAUUAUGUUGUCGAUGACGUCAUGAACCUUAAGAUGUCCCCAAAUAGUGCUGACUUAAUUUUCACCAACUGGUUUUUUAUGUACCUUGACAAUGAAUCCACUCGAUGUCUACUGGCAAAGUUGUUGUAUUGGCUUUCACUCAAUGGGCACGUGUUCCUAAGAGAGUCCUGUGUACAUGGAUCAGGUAACAUCUCCCUCAGGAAAGCCACUACUUACUACCGUGAACCGAAUGAUUAUGAAGCGCUAUUUAACUCAGUCACUGUACCUACGGAGGACAAACAGGCAGUCUAUGGUUUCAACGUUAUUGCUUCAAGGCCUGUGGAAAUAUAUCGUAAGGUGAUGAAUAAUUCCAAUCAGAUCACAUGGCUCCUACAGAAAGUAAGGCGAGACGCCAGCAGCACUUUGGAGCACUAA